AUGCCACCACUCUGCUUCACUCUCGUCAUCCUCUUUGCAAUUGAGUUUCUGGUGAAUUUCAUUUGCAAUCAAUGGAAAAGAUCUCAUGAAAGAGAAGUUCUGAUCCAAAAGCUUCCAGAUAAUGUUCUCUCUUCCAUCAUAUCUUAUCUCCCAGUAGAAGAAGCUCUCAGAACCAGCGUGGUUGCGAAGUCAUGGAGAUCUUUGUGGAGCUACACUUCACACCUCGAUUUCGAUCAAAAUCGCAUGCUAGAAUUUGCAUUUCAACAAUGGUUUAAAAUAUACAACGACCGUGGUACCUCUCAAGAAGAAGUAUAUGAUGCGUAUGACAACCUCAUGUUUCAAUUUGGGCAUCUCAUUAGGUCGUUCAGGAAUAUGUUGGUCCAUCACUGUGGUGUCGUAAGAAGUUGUCGAAUUGUACACAUCACAGAUAGUUGUAGAAAUGGGGAUAUAGUGGGGUUAAUUAGAUAUCUAGUUGAUGAGAAAAGAGUGCAAGAGUUAGAUUUGGAGUGCCAAUUUAGAGAAUCUUGGGAUCCGGUUUAUCUUUAUCAGAAUUUCAAGGGUGAUGCAUUGACGGCUACUCGUAUUAAAAUUAUAGUACCACCCACAUUAGAUUUAUCUUUUCGUGUCUUAGCAAGUUGUGUUGUGCUUAAAUUGACAAAUUACGUCUUGAAAAAUUCAUCUCCUCUUCCCGUUUGUCAAAAUUUGAAAACCUUAAAGUUAAACAAGGUAUGGAUUUCAGAAGAGCUGUUUGAAGGGAUUCUCUUGAAUUGUGUGUCAUUGGAACAUCUAUGCCUCAUUGGUUGUAAGCAAAUCAAAAGGCUCAGGAUUCACAGUCUUCGUAUUAAAUUCCUGGAGCUUAGAGAAAUGACAUUGGUUAGGAUUGAAAUUUUUGCUGCUAACCUUGAGGUUAUGGUACUUGAUACAUUGGUUUGUCAAUGGAGAGGAUUGGUUAUUGAUGCUCCUAAAGUUAGGGUCUUUCGAGCCUACUACUCCGAUCCAAAGGCUCGUGGGAUGUCCAAAUUGCAUUUUCAAAGAGUCCUUCUGACAACAAGAGUGAUUUUAACAACCUUCACCAAUCGUUUGAACAAAGUCCUGUGUUUAACAUGUAUCAUUGUCUAUGUCUUUAAUUUUAUUAAGACUUCUAAGGGUUCAGUUCGCACAAAUAUGCUGGUGAAUUUGGUAACUUUAAGCAUUGAUUUAGAUCUGAAUGGAGGAAGAGAUAUCUUAGCACUUUACUUGGCACUUCGAUCAUGCAUUUCACUAGAGAAUCUUGAGAUCAACAUUAAGGAUUACAACAGCUCUCAAAAUCCUUCAUCUUAUAUCGGUUCCAUGUUUUGGGAGAGAGUAGAACCUUGUAUUUGUAUUUGCCAAAAGCUGAAGACAGUUUGCCUGAGGGGAUUCAGGGGCAGAGAACGGGAAGUAGAAUUUGCAAAGUACUUGAUAGCAAGAGCCACCAUGGUGGAAAGGAUUACUAUAAUCUGUAAUACUUCAAUACAAAUGGAUGAAAAAUUGCUGUCAAUACGCAGAGCUUCUGGUAAUCUCUUAAUCAAUUUGAAGUUCAAAACAGGCUGA